AGAGGGAGAGAGAGAGGGAGUGUGAGGGAGAGCGAGAGAGCGGAAGAGAGAGAGAGAGAGGGGAGAGACGAGAACACUCACUGACUGAGGAGCAGAUUUUCAUUCCAUCCGCUUUCGACUCCUCGGCUUCCCGGCUGAACCGCACAUCCACUGACCUGAACCGCAGAUCAACUGGGCUGAACCGCACAUCCAAUGGUCUGAACCGCAGAUCCUCUGGUCUGAACUGCAGAUCCACUGGUCUGAUACGGUUUUUAGAGAACUCCUCCGCGUCCGUUCAGGUCUCAUGUUCGACUACGUCGCUCUCCACGGUGUCAUCUCGGCCAACUUCACCCGUUUUCCACUCGCUCUUGAACUGCACCAUGAAUAGUUGGAGAGCCUCUGUCGGUCGCAUCCCUUUGGCAUGGUGGGGAUUACGCAGCCCCAGAGCGGAGAGCAUGUGAACGCAGAUGGAGUUUGGGAUUUAUUGCGAAAUAAGGGAAAGAUGACCGUCUUCUCUUUGUGCUUGCUCUUGUGCGCGGACCUGCUGGACCUAGCCGUGGGAUAUUUGACAGUUACCAUUGAGCCGCUGCCUCCAGUCGUUGUGGGGGAAACCGUCACGCUCAAGUGUAACUUCAAGACCGAUGGGAGGCUGCGGGAGAUUGUUUGGUACCGGGUUACUGAUGGGGGCACCAUCAAGCAGAAGAUCUUCACCUACGACGCCAUGUUCAACACCAACUACUCCCACAUGGAGGACUACAGGCGCCGAGAGGACCUGGUGUACCAGUCCACCGUCAGACUCCCAGAGGUGCGGAUCUCCGACAACGGCCCGUAUGAAUGCCACGUGGGCAUCUACGACCGCGCCACCAGGGAGAAGGUGGUGCUGGCAUCUGGGAAUGUUUUGCUUACUGUAAUGUGUGAGUACCUUUGUCACCUUCAUUCCCAUUCUCUGCCCGACCACUGGAGUCCCCAGACGGCCCCCCCGGCACCGGGGCCCGGUGUCCCCGGCACGGACAGGGUUAACUAUUGGGGGCGGGACCCCGUGGUGGUGCGGUGUGCGCCGCUCCCCAGGCGGAGGGGGGGUUCUGGGGUCGGCUCCCUGACGUACGGCCUUACCUCCAGCGGAGCCGCCCUGGCCACUGGCGGCCGCUCGGCGGCGGCACUAGGACACGAUGCGAGCUGA